UCUUUUAUUAAUUUAAAGUUUUUAGAAUUUUUUAAAUUUAAAUUUCAAAAUGCCUUUUAUGCGAGGAGUGAUGCCGCUUCGGCGGACCUAUUAUUAUAUGGAACAGGGAAAAAUUAUUUUUCGGAAUGAAGUUAAGAUAUUUACUAUUGCUUACCACAGAAUGCCUAAUGAAGCACAAAAAGGAGCUAGUGAUUUUGUAUAUUGGCAUUGGAAUCAAUUGUUAUUUAAAAACCCAGAAAUUCAAUUUGUUAGACAGGACAACAUAAGCAUUGCCCCAUUUGCUAUUGCUUUCUUAGGGGAUGGUCGAGAAGUUCCCUUUGAUUUGGAAUGGAUGACACAUCAAGAAAUAGGCGAUGUACUUCGUAAAACACUUGGCAAAUCGACUUUAGUUCGAAAAGCAGAGGAGCUUGAAAAAAUGGCAAAAUGUCACCCUGCUGAUUUUGGAGAGAAUUGUCAAAGGCAAUGUAUUUGUGAAGUUCAAGGCCAACAUCCAUGUACUUCGUUAAUAUAUGCCCCAAAACAUAUUUCUGAAAGUUGGCGAUGUGAUCAUGAAAAUUACGAUCCGGAAAAGCCUACAAUUUAUCCAAAACAAAAAUUUGUUGAUUCUGAUUUAGUUGAAAGAGAUCCACCAGGAAGACAAUAA